UUAAGAAGAUUGGUAGGCUAAAAAACGAGGCAAAGAAGAUAGAAGAGAGUGACUUCUCUCCGUCAUAUCUUCUCUUCUCUUCCUUUUGCUCUGUGAGAGACUAAUCAGUUUUAUUUUAGUUUAAGGAGUUCCUGAGCAAACUCUUAGUAACAAAGUAAACAAGAAAAGGAGAGUCCAGAAAGAGAAAGCCAGAGAGAGAGAGAGAGCUAGAGAAAACGAUACCUAAGUUCAAUUUUUAUCUUCUCUCUCUUUUCUAUGCAGCAAAGUCCAAAGGAUCCGAGGUAGAAGGAGAUAUACUAUUUAUAUAUAUCAUGAAGAAGAAGAUUGAAAGCUUCAUAUGGGAAUAGCUAAAAGCCUAACACACCUCCUACUACUACAGUUCUGUUGAAGUCUAUAUUUGAUAUUUCUAUGUCCCAAGAUUAUCAUCAUCAUCAACAACACCAAGGAGAAAUCUUCAACUUCUCUAAUGGAUUCGACCAAUCAGAUUCUCCUAAUUUAAAGCAAGAACAUCAAAGGAUACAAGAGAUGGACGAGGAAUCCUCAGUCCCUAGAAGUGGGAUUCCUGUCUACGAACCUGCCGGAAUGUUAUCAGAGAUGUUUAAUUUCCACAGAAGCAGCGGUGGUGGUGGAGGAGUAGAUCUUGACCACUCCCAAUCUUUCCGGUUAAAUAGACAGUUACUUGAGCAGCAACAUCAGAAUAUUCCGGCCAUAAAUGCUACGGAGUCAGCCGCCGCCAUGCGGCUAUUCUUAAUGAAUCCACCGCCACCGCAACAACCACCAUCCACAAGGAGCCACCACGGUUCUUCAACUCUUCACAUGUUACUACCAAAUCCAUCUCAUCAUCAAGGCUACACUAAUACUAUGUCUAUGCAUCAGCUUCCUCACCAACAGCUGACGUGGCAGCCUUCCUCCGAUCAUCACAACAGACAAACCGAGAUCGGGACCGUCCACGUGGAAAACAGCGGUGGGCAAGGCUUGUCCUUAUCUCUCUCGUCGUCUUUAGAGGCAGCAGCAAAAGCCGAAGAGUAUAGAAAAAUUUACCAUGGAAGCAACUUAUCAUCUCAUCAUCAAUUCAAUGAAUUCAAGACUCUUCUUGCUGACUCCUCUCAACAUCAUCAUCAUCAAGUAUCAAACCAAUUCUUAUCAUCUCCGGCGGCUGCUUCUUCAUCUUCUUCCGUAGGAGCAGUCACUAUCUUGAGAAAUUCAAGGUACACAAAGGCAGCUCAAGAGUUGUUGGAGGAGUUUUGUAGCGUUGGAAGAGGAUUUUCUAAGAAAAACAAACUUAAGAACAAUUCAAACCCUAAUACUAGUGCUGGCGACGGUAGCAGUAGUGGUGGAGGUGGAGGUUCACCAUCGUCGGCCGGAGCAAGUAAGGAACAUCCUCCUCUAUCGGCCUCUGAUCGGAUUGAGCAUCAAAGAAGGAAAGUAAAGCUACUCACCAUGCUUGAAGAGGUGGACAGACGGUACAACCAUUACUGCGAGCAAAUGCAGAUGGUUGUGAACUCUUUUGACAUUGUAAUGGGCCACGGCGCGGCGAUACCAUACACUGCAUUGGCUCAAAAGGCUAUGUCGAGGCAUUUUAGAUGCCUUAAGGAUGCCGUGGCAGCUCAGCUUAGACAUAGCUGUGAACUUCUUGGGGACAAAGAUGCAGCCGGAAUAUCUUCUCUUGGAUUAACUAAAGGGGAAACGCCGCGGUUGCGUUUGCUAGAACAGAGUUUGCGUCAGCAACGUGCGUUUCAUCAAAUGGGGAUGAUGGAACAAGAAGCUUGGCGGCCACAACGCGGUUUGCCUGAACGCUCCGUUAAUAUCCUUAGAGCUUGGCUCUUCGAGCAUUUCCUCCACCCGUAUCCAAGCGAUGCAGAUAAGCACCUCUUGGCUCGACAGACUGGUUUAUCCAGAAAUCAGGUAUCAAACUGGUUCAUAAAUGCUAGGGUUCGAUUAUGGAAACCAAUGGUGGAAGAGAUGUAUCAACAAGAAUCAAAAGAAAGAGAAGAAGGAUUAGAAGAAAACGAACAAGAAGAUCAAGAAACAAAAAACAACGACAAGAGCACAAAACCCAACAACAAUGAAAGCAACUUCACUGCCGUUCGGACCACAACACAAACUCCAACGACAGCUGCAACCCCACCAGACGCAGGCCACCGUCUAAGAUCAGCUGCCGAUAUCAAUGCUUACGAAAACGACCCUUCAUCCUCCUCCUACUCCAACGCCGCCGCAGUAGUCUCUAACUACGGUGGUUCAGCCGCUUUUUCUGCGGUUGCAACGUGCCAGCAAGGUGUUAGUGGAUUUGAUGAUGCUGACAUGGAUGGUGAUAAUGUUAUACGGUUUGGUACAAACCCUACUGGUGACGUAUCACUCACGCUUGGUCUACGCCAUGCUGGCAAUAUGCCUGAUGAGAACGCCUCUUUCUGCGUUAGAGAUUUUGGUGGGUUUUAGUUCGGUUUUGCUACUCCAUUUCUUUGAUUAACUUACUAUAUAGUUUUUCUUAUUCUUUUGUCACACCGAUGGAUUCAAAACCUAUUUAAUACUAUCUCACAGGUCACAACAAUACUUUAGUU